UAUAAGUCAGUUUAUCCGUGUAAAACUGACUUGAGUAGUUGGUUCGUUUUCCUCAGACACACAACAUUAGCACACCGGGUUGCUAACCGUUACCUCUGACACUACCGUCGCUGAGCCGCCUUUGUCAGUUUAUAACGCAGCCCCGUGAUAAGUAGUUAUCACACAAUAAUUAUACUUUGUCCGCUUUCAAACUUUUGAACUUUGUAAGGGAUUCCACCUUUGGGGACCUACCCACCAGCAUGGACACUGAGUCAUCAAAUGGCAAAGACGGAAUGGAGGCUGCUGGUGAAGGCUCUGAAGCUGCUGAUGCGCUUACUGGAUCUGGAGAUGAGGAGAGUGGGAGGCAGCUUGGCGAAGUGGAGCUACAGUGUGCUCUGUGUACAAAGUGGUUCACAGCUGACACAUUUUGCAUUGAAACUGCGACUUGUCUCCCCUUUAUGACCAACUAUGUGUUCCACUGCAACAUCUGUCAUCACAGCGGCAACACGUACUUCCUCAGGAAGCAAGCAAACCUGAAGGAAAUGUGCCUCACAGCUCUGGCAAACCUCACAUGGCGGUCCCGAGCACAAGAAGAACACCCAAAGACCAUGUUCUCCAAAGACAAGGAUAUCAUACCAUUUAUUGACAAAUACUGGGAGUGCAUGACGACUCGUCAGAGACCAGGAAAGCUCACUUGGCCCAACAACAUAGUGAAGACGAUGAGUAAAGAGCGAGAUGUUUUCCUUGUGAAGGAACACCCUGAUCCUGGCAGCAAAGACCCUGAGGAGGAGUACCCAAAAUUUGGUCUUUUGGACCAGGAUCUUGGAAAUAUUGGACCCUCUUAUGACAGUCAGAGACAGACCACUGGACUGCCCACAACUGGUGGGCUCAAUGGUGGAUCUUCUUUCUCAGGUGCUCUGGCCCCCGGCCCAGGAAAGGGGAGAGGAGCCAAACGCAAACAGCAGCAGCAACAGGAGGGCACAGCUGCAGGGGCAGCCAAAAGAACCAGGAGUGACCCUCUGUUCUCGGCCCAGCGGCUCCCUCCUCAUGGUUACCCGCUGGAACAUCCGUUCAAUAAGGAUGGCUAUCGCUACAUCCUGGCAGAACCAGAUCCUCACGCUCCAGACCCAGAGAAGCUGGAGCUGGACUGCUGGGCUGGAAAGCCCAUUCCUGGUGAUCUGUACAGGGCUUGUCUCUAUGAGAAGGUGCUGCUGGCUUUACACGACAGAGCACCUCAGCUGAAGAUCUCAGAUGACCGCCUUACUGUGACGGGGGAGAAGGGCUACUCCAUGGUCCGAGCCUCACAUGGCGUGCGAAAAGGUUCCUGGUACUUUGAGGUUUCCGUGGAUGACAUGCCUCCUGAGACCGCGGCCAGACUUGGCUGGUCUCAGCCACUUGGUAACCUGCAGGCACCUCUGGGCUACGAUAAGUUCAGCUACUCAUGGCGCAGUAAGAAAGGAACUCGCUUUCACCAAUCGAUAGGAAAGCAUUACUCCUCAGCCUACGGACAAGGGGACACGCUGGGCUUCUUCAUAGAGCUGCCGGAUGAGACGGACGUAGCCAAGGCUCUACCUGAUACAUACAAAGACAAGGCACUCAUUAAGUUCAAGAGCUACCUGUACUUUGAGGAGAAGGACUAUGUGGACAAAGCGGAGAAAAGCUUGAAGCCAAUGAGCUCCAGCAGGAUUGUGUUCUAUAAGAAUGGAGUGAACCAAGGUGUUGCUUAUGAAAAGUUGUUUGAAGGCCUCUACUUUCCUGCAGUGUCCCUGUACAAAGGCUGCACGGUUUCUGUUAAUUUUGGGCCACAGUUCAAAUACCCACCAAAGGAUGUUAAGUACCAGCCGAUGAGUGACAUGGGGUGGGGGGCCGUGAUCGAACACACGCUGGCUGACAUGUUGUACCAUGUGGAGACAGAAGUGGAUGGACGACGCAGCCCUCCGUGGGAAGGAUGAAAGCUGGUUUAAUUCUGAACCUCGCGUCUGUACAUCGUUCCAUAUUCUGGCAACACCCUUGAAUUGUUGCUGCUGUGACGUGUAGGUCAAAGAAAAGCAGCAGCUUUUCAGCUUUUCUGAUAUUAAUGUUGACAGACAGAAGGUCAUGACCACACUGAAAAUGGCUGCCAUGGUGAUAAUGGCUGGAUGUAUACCACAACUGUUCUGAGCACCAAAUAGAAACGUUCCUCUCUGAAGUUCACCAGCUACAACUGACCUUUAGUGCUUUGACUGCAGAGACAUUGCUGUUGAUUUAACACAUUUAAAGCGACAAAAAGAAAUGUUUAAAAUCUGCAUGUUCCAGCCAAACAAACACCUUUUAUCAUUUAAUGCAGUCGUUCUCUGAUUUAAUUUGUUGUGUUAGUUACUGUUUUAUACUCUUCGUUAAAAAUAAAUAAGUGUUUAAUGAACAAA